AUGACUGCCUCCAACGGUACCAACGGCCACUCGGCCCCCAGGCCGCUGCCUGUCGGCAUUUACGCCCCGACCAUGACCUUCUUCAACCCCGAGACCGAAGACCUCGACAUCCCCGUCAUCAAGAAGCACGCCGAGCGUCUGGCGCGCGCUGGCCUUGCUGGCCUCGUCACCAUGGGCUCCAACGGCGAGGCUGCCCACUGCACCCGCGAGGAGAAGAUUGCCGUCACCAAGGCCACCCGCGAGGCUCUUGACGCUGCCGGCUUCGAGCAGACCCCCAUCAUCCUUGGCGCCACCGAAGGCAGUGUUCGCGGAACCAUUGAGCUUUUGAAGCUGGCCCCUGCCGCCGGCGCCGACUACGCCCUCAUCCUGCCCCCUUCGUACUUCCGCGCCCAGAUGGACGAGGCUGCCGUUCACGACUACUUCAUCGCCGUCGCCGACGAGAGCCCCAUCCCUCUCAUUCUCUACAACUACCCUGGCGCCGUCUCCGGCAUCGACAUGGACAGCGACCUCCUCAUCAAGCUGGCCGAGCACAAGAACAUCAUCGGCACCAAGUUUACCUGCGGCAACAACGGCAAGCUGACCCGUGUCGCCCUGGCCACCGACGCCAAGACCCCCUGGAACGAGGGCUCCGGCUACAUGGCCUUUGGUGGCAUGUGCGACUUCACCGUCCAGACCCUCGUCAGCGGUGGUAGUGGCAUCAUCGCCGGUGGCGCCAACGUCGCGCCCAAGGUCUGCGUGAAGGUUUGGGACCUCUACGCUGCGGGCAAGAAGGAGGAGGCCAUCGAGCUCCAGAAGAAGCUCAGCAAGGGUGACUGGUACCUUACCAAGGCCGCCGUCCCCGGCACCAAGGGUGCCAUCAACAGCUACUUCGGCUACGGUGGCUACGGCCGUCGCCCCCUGAAGCGCCUCGAGAAGGAGAGGACUCAAUACAUCGCGGACGGCAUCAAGGAGCUCAUGGACAUUGAGAACUCUCUGUAA